AAAAAGAGCAAUAUUUCAUAUGGACCAUAAAUUAUGGAACAUACCUGACAAUGUUGUGUGUGGUGUGUUGUUCCAGUGACUGAGUAGUUGCAGCAGCUCAACAAACAACAAGUUGUGACUAUUACAAGUAGGGGAAACCCCAUUCUUCCAAGCCUAUUAGUGGGUGGGGCUCCAUUGCAGUCACAAGGCUGAUUGGGGUGGGCGUGGUAGCUACAGUACAAGAGAAAAAGGACUGAAAAAAAGAAGAGGUCAACUUGUUUAGUGCAUGCUUACUUGCUUCUGAUGGCCCCUCUCGCUCGAUCCUCGUGUCUACUGGCUGUACUGUCUCUGGCCUUCACGCUCUGCAGCUCAGUACCACUGACUAUGAAGAAUGGUAACAGUCUGGAGCUGCUCAAAGCCAGGCUGGGUGCAAAUGGUUCACCGGCUGCAAGCUUGACCUGCUCUGCAUGCAAGGUCGUAGUGAAUGUGCUCCAGGAUCUGUUUGCACGAGAUGCAUCUGAGGAGGAGAUUGAGAAGAUUAUUAUUCGAGUGUGCAUCGAUCUUAAGAUAGAGGAUGAAAAUGUCUGCACAUUGAUCGUCCCUACAUUCCAGGAAGAAGUGUUGACAGUGUUUGACCAGAUUGCCCUGAGUGAUCGUGAGAUCUGUGGCUACCUCCUCGGCCCAACAUGUGAGGAUGCCUACGACCCUUAUCAUCAGAACUGGAAUAUCUCCAUACCAGGAAACAAGCCACCAGUGGUCCCCAUUCCAGAUCCAAAGCCUGGGUCCCCAGUGAAUGGUGUCCUCCAUAUCUCUGACCUCCACUGGGACUCCAUGUACACUCCUGGUCUGAGCAAUGACUGCGGGGAGCCACUCUGCUGCAGGCCACCCAACAAACCAGGCACUGGUUCAACGGCAGCUGGCUAUUGGGGUGACUACAUGUGUGACGUACCCUACCACACACUGGAGAAUAUGAUGCAGUCGAUAGUUGCUAGGAAAGAUGAGUUUGAGUGGGUGUACAUGACAGGGGAUCUCCCCGCCCACAACGUGUGGAACCAGAGCCGAGAUGACCAGCUGUACGUUCUGAAGACUCUGGUAGGACUUCUCAAGAAAUACCUCCCUGAUAAAAUCAUAUUCCCUACCCUUGGAAACCACGAGAGUGCACCUGUCAACAGUUUCCCUCCUCCGUUUGUGACGGGUGAGAAGUCUAAUCAGUGGCUACUAGAUGCAGCCGCUGACCAAUGGAGUGACUGGCUCAAAGACGAGGAGGCCACCAAUACUAUCAAGAGAGGUGGAUUCUACAAUGUGAAGGUCAGGGAUGGUCUACGAGUGAUCUCACUGCAAACCAACUUCGCUAACAGUAUUAAUUGGUGGUUACUGAUCAACGACACUGACCCGGCUGGUCAGCUGCAGUGGUUAGUGCAGCAACUACUGGAGGCUGAAAAGAACGAGGAGAAGGUACACAUCAUCGGCCACAUUCCUCCGAGUGGAUUCACCAAGUCAUUCGGGCUCAACUAUCAUCGGAUAGUCAACAGAUUUGAGAGCACCAUCAGUGGUCAGUUUUUCGGACACACUCAUGACGACAGAUUUGAAGUAUUCUUUGACGAACAAAACAGCACAAGAGCAACAAAUGUUGCUAUACUGGGCCCGGCUGUGACUCCAAGGAAACGCAUGAACAUGGGAUAUCGAGUGUAUACCGUUGAUGGUCCCUACAAUGCUACCACCAGUGCUGUGUUGGAUCACAAGGUGUACUACAUGAACAUCUCAGACGCUAACCUGAGUAACAAGCCCAACUGGCAGCUGGAAUACUCAGCGAAGGCUGAUCUGGGCAUGACGAGACUCCACCCAGCCGACUGGAAGGACCUAGUGGACCGAUUUAGAACUGAUGAUGCCCUCUUCCAAAAGUUUUACAAGUACAUUCACAAGAUGCACACGAGUGGACCGUGUGAUGGCAGCUGCAAGUCAGGAGUCUUGUGCAGUCUUCUUACCACUCGUCCUGACGACCCAGAUGCUUGUAAGAAUGUCCUCGUGGAGGGCGUAACCAUGGAAGACGUGUACGAACAAUGGGCCAAACAACAAGUGUGCUGAUGAAGCACUUCUUAUAACUUUGAACAUAAUUAUAAUUAUAAACAUGCUUUUAAUUGUUGCUGUAUACUGUAUAUAAUUAUAGUAAUAUAAAAAUAUUUUUAUUUUUAUUUUUAACACAUGCAGGUUUUUAUACUCUUGA